AUGUAUUUGGUUCUCGAAAUUGGACAGGAUAUGGCGGACAAGACACUGCUUUAUUUGUCUCAUGCUCGCUUGUUGACGUGCUUAGACUUGGUUCACCAGCCAACAUCUGAGCGAGUGAGGCUUUUCUCCUUGCUCGAGCAACAGAUCUUUGUCUGGCUUCGCGACAAGACAGGCAUUGUUUCGUGA